GGAUUUGUGCAGCAGGUCCAACGGUGGAUGUUCAGAGUUUGCUGUUUGUAUGAAGGUCUCAGCAGGACAGAGAACCUGUACCUGUAAAGAGGCGUACACUGGAGAUGGGGUCAUCUGCCUGGAGAUUGAUGGCUGUCUGGUCAACAAUGGAGGCUGCCACUCUGCAGCAGACUGCAUCAGAACUGGCGCCAACACUACGGCCUGCAGGUGUCAGCAGGGCUUUCAGGGAACCGGGAGAUACUGUUACCCUGUCAACCCCUGCAGAUAUAACAAUGGUGGCUGCAGUAUCCAGGCUCGCUGUGUGUAUAUAGGCCAGGGUCAAAGGAACUGCACCUGCUUCAGAGGCCACAUAGGCGAUGGCAUCAAUUGCCGGGGAAGCACAAACAACGAGCUGUUCCGACGUCAAGAGAACUCUUUCUUCCGUCGAAUGAUAUCUGUGAGUCACUGUCAGUAGGCCUAAUAAUCCACACAGUAUUUUACUUCCAGUUAUUAUUUUCAUGCUGCUUUGC